ACUCUGUACAUGUUUUUCUUUUUUUUAUUGAAUUAAUCUUGUAUUUUACCUUUAUAUAUAAAUGUACAAAUGUUUCAGAUACGUGGUGAAUGAGCGAAUGUUAAAUAAAUUUGAUUUCAAACUUGAAGAAAAUCGUGAACACUCGGAGAUGCGUGUUUUUCUCUCUUGGGAGGGUGAUCUCUCCGUCCGAAAUAUAUCCACAUUUUCUUUCUUCUCAUUUUCUUUCUCUCGGUCGUUCAAGUUUAGGAGAAAAGCAAAGCGCUUUCUCGUCGUGAUGUUUUACACUCGUAACGUUUCUCGAUCGAUACACAUUUCUCGAAUUGAUGGUGAUUUUAUCACCGCGACGAGAUGCGUCAUCGGAGCUCGUUAACCCUUCGAGUUCCGCGAUAAUGUGGUGAUAGAAAUGUACUUUGUCGAUCGAUGAUGCGGAGGAGAAUUUUGGAUCGAUCAUGCGUCAAGCUGCAGCGAUCUAUAGCGAUAAAGUUAAAAUUCACAACUGGCAGGAAAGGAUGUUGGGAGAGCCUAGGGAUAACGUGGAUUUUUUUCCGCCGAAAGGAAACCUUCACAGAUCCUCGUAUCGGAGACUCGGCCCGGAGGAAGAUAUUGUAACGUCCGAGACGCGCUCCAUGUUGUCACAGAUCAAACUGAAAGACGAAUACAAAGAAGUCACUUGUCCACGGCGCAAUUUCAUUGUGGCGCAGUCUGUCGCUGCAUUUGAACGAGAAAAUGAGGAAAAGAAAUUAACGGUGGCCGAAAUCUUUCUGGAUCCCACGGUCGCGUGUCAGACGGACUAUCGCACCACCACAAGCCGCGAUUAUUGGUUGUCUUACUCUCCGAGGCCGUUAUCCUCAUCACCGCCGCCACCGGAACCGUGGUUAAUGAAUCGUCGCACCAUCGGUUACGAUCUCGAGGAUUUGGAAAACCGUUGCGGGUAUCACAUGUUUUUAGACGACAACAUGGAUAUUUAUCGAAGAAUAGCAGAAAUAAAACGGCAGAGAAGUAAAUUGUACAAUCCUCGAUAAUUGACGAGCAGCAGAAUUCCAACAAUUGCUGCUGACAUAAAUGUAACACACACAAACGGACUGUUCGCUUUAAACUCAACGAUUUAUUAGAAAAAUUCAGUAUAAAUAAUUCAGUAUAAGAGUAUUUCAUAAGAGUGAAACUUUUUGAAUAAAACUUAAAUUAAAAAUAUCAA